ACGUCAGCCGUAGUUGAAGGGCAAUUUAGCCAUAUCCUUGGCCGUUGGCGGUGGCGCUAAGUCUGCAACUGGUGGCCAGUGAAACCUCACCACCACCACCACCACCUCUCAAAUCUAUUUUUGAAUUUAAAAAUGGCCUUCUGUGGAAUUUCUAUUCCAUUUUCUAACCCCCAUUUCCUCAUUCUUCAAAAUCCUUCUUCUCCAAAACCUAACAAACCAAAUCCACCUCUUUCUCCGUCCCCAUUCUCCACCACCACCACCGCCGCCGCCGCCGCCGCCGCCGCCGCUUCAUCAUCAUCUACUUGUUCUAAUGUUAAUUCGAUCGAACGAUUGCCAGUUCAUCCCGGCAGAAGAACGGUUAGCCUCUCAAUUUCUGUUGGGUUUCUGUUAUCAUCAAUCGAGCAGCCAUUUUCAAACAAGGCACAGGCCGCGCAAAUGUCGGAGCUUUACAGAUACACCGAUUCCGUACAAGGCUUCACUCUCCUCGUACCUUCUUCAUGGAUUAAGGUUGAUAAGGCGGGGGCAACCGCCUUGUUCGAGGACGAAAACAAAAAGGCGAAUAAUGCAGGUGUAGUGGUGAGUCCAAUCAAGAUUUCGAGUCUUGGCGAAUUUGGGACUCCUCAAUUUGUGGCAGAUAAGCUUAUCCAGGCUGAAAGACGCAAGGAAAGUACGAAGGAAGCAGAGGUAAUAUCUGUGUCGGAGAGAUCGGGAGAUGGAGGGAUUCAAGUGUACGAGUUUGAGUACAAAGUCGAUAGCACAAGGGGAGGGCUGAAGAGAGUCUUUUCUGCUGCAUUUAUUACGUCAAAGAAGCUCUAUCUUUUGAACGUAACUCACUCCGACGCGUUGGAAAAUCCUCUGCCAAUUGAUAGGAGAAUUGUACUCGAACAAGUUCUGCAUUCAUUUGAUUCCGCUCCUUCAACCUAGAUCCGGAAAAUAUUUUCUUUUCAAAAUAAAAAGAACGAUAUUCUUCAUCGUGCAACGCCUGCUUCAGCUCGGAAAAUGAUGUAAGCUGCUCCAGUUUUUCAGAUUUUGUUAUACUCUAGUUCUUUUCUUCGUUUCUUGAUCCCUGCAAUCCGAUGUGUUUACAAUGAAUUUUCAUAUGGUAUAUAAAUAUGUGAUCUUUCUGUUAUUGUCGAAAGCUGAUUUUAUGGUAAAGAUAGAGCGACACCCUUUUGC